AUGACCGUGAAAGACACGCAGUUUUGUGCAAUGGACGUCGACCAGCCUGAACAACAGAAACGUCUCAUCUAUUUUGCCUUCAUUGCUUUUUUCAUGGUACCGGCCUUUCUUAUGACCAUGAUGUACUGUCAAAUUGGAGCACGAAUAGCAGCAAAAGAUUCGUUGCUCAGUGUCGAUAAGAAUGAGAUGAGAGCGAAAGCGACACAUACCGCCAUCAGAAUGCUGAUCUCGGUCGUGGUAUCGUUCUUUCUGUGCUGGCUACCAUUUCACAUUCAACGGUUACUAUCGCUUUUCAUCAGCUACUAUGAGGGUAAUGUCUCACCGGCAGUGGAAACUCUCUUCUCCCUCGUCUACUACAUAUCAGGGUGCUGUUACUACUCCAACUCCGCCAUGAAUCCUAUUUUGUACAAUUUGUUUUCUGCUAAGUAUCGAAAAGCGUUCUGUUUGACGAUUCUUGGCCGACGAGUUGCCAUGAAAAUACGUCCGCAGUGGUUUUCUGCACGAAGCAAACUGCUGAAACAGAUUGAUCAGAUCUUCGAUUGCAGGCGAUCAAUACAGGAUCGAUCAUCUCGGCAUUUCACUUCUCCAAACUCGUCCGCAAGGUUAAAGCUGGAGAAGCGUCCAUUAUGUAUCAAAACUAACGGGACCACAGCCAAUGGUGCUAUAGCCGAUUUCCAUCCGGCCUAA